AUGCUGGAACAGAUGACGUCGAAUACUGGCCUCCUUGAGCCAGAGCUUGCGCCUCAGUUGUGGAGAGGCAUGGUAAACCUGCUUUGGCGCCAUACUGCGUGCAACGAACGAGAGGAGUAUUGCGUCACACUACUCACAAGCUCCAGCCUCGAGCGGGGCGUCAGCACAUCCUUGUUGAAUGGCCUCCACUCAGCGUGGUGA